UCUAACUGUGCAGUCUGAUGAAACGUCAGCUAGUGCGCGGUUCGUUGUGGUCGAUGCUACAACGAAUAUGUAAUUAAUCUCUUCAUUUCAUAGUUUUCUUUCAAAUAUCAAGAUUCCUACAUCAUGUCUUCGUUUGCAACGUUCCUCGUCGUUGUAUGGAUUUCGCUGAUACAACUCAUGGUAGGAGGGAGCAAUGUCGAGACAAACGCAGUAAAUAGCUGUUCGCUACCGCAGGCACUAAUUGAUGAAAUAGAUGCGUAUGGCCCGUUGGUUGAAAAGAUAAUAAACCAGACCACGAAUGGCCCUUUAAAAGGAAACACGUGGUCAGAAUUGUCUGACUUCGUCGACAAGUUUGGUCCCAGAUUAAGUGGGUCUGAAGCAUUAGAAGAUUCCAUCGAUUACGUACUGAGAAAAUCACUUACGUAUGGAUUGGAAACAGUGCACGGUGAACUCGUCUCUGUGCCUCAUUGGGUCAGGGGAAAAGAAUCAGCAACACUUUUAAAACCGAGGUACAAAGAUCUCAGUAUUUUGGGGCUGGGCUCCAGCGUUGGUACUCCGCCGGAUGGGAUAACUGCUGAAGCUAUUGUAGUAGACAGUUUUGAGGAGCUUGAUAAGAAGAAGAACGAGGUACCGGGAAAAAUUGUUGUAUAUAAUGAAAAAUACGAGUCUUAUGGUAAAACGGUCGAGUAUAGAACCAGAGGAGCAACGGUGGCCUCUAAAUAUGGGGCUGUUGCUGCUCUGGUCAGGUCAGUUACUCCGUAUUCGUUAUACACUCCUCACACGGGUAUGCAAGAUUACGGAGAAAAUGUGACCAAAAUCCCGGUAGCUUCUAUCACGGUCGAAGACGCGGAGUUAUUAAAAAGAAUGUCACGCAGAGGUCAUAUCCUACAAAUAAAUUUAAAGAUGGAAGCACAAAAUUUGCCGGAUAAGAUCUCGCGGAACGUGGUAGCCGAAAUAAGAGGUACUCAGAAUCCGCAGAAAGUGGUAGUCGUUUCUGGCCACAUCGACAGUUGGGACGUCGGUCAGGGGGCGAUGGACGACGGGGGUGGAGCGUUCAUUUCAUGGCAAGCUUUGAAGUUGUUGAAGCAACUCGGUCUCAAGCCGCGACGAACGAUAAGAAUGAUAAUGUGGACGGCCGAAGAAGUAGGAAUCGUGGGCGCUAAUAAUUACAUAAAAGCUCACAAAGAUGAAGAAAAGGAUUUGCAAUUCGUAAUGGAAUCGGACGGCGGCACGUUCAUGCCUUACGGUCUUGAAGUCAGCGGAAACGAUCAAGUCAAAUGCAUUUUGCAAAGAAUUAUGAAACUGUUAUCUCCACUGGGAGAAAUGAAAAUACGUUCUCUUUGCGAGGGGCCUGACAUCGCAGAGUGGAUAGACAACGGUGUACCUGGCGGUUCUCUUUGGAAUCAGGAUGAGAAAUACUUUUAUUAUCAUCACACAAACGCGGACACGAUGUUGGUCGAGGAUCCAGAAGCUCUCGACAAGAACACGGCCUUGUUCGCUGCGGUGGCAUACGUGCUUGCCGAUCUCAGUGUCGAUCUGUCGCGUGACAAAUGAUUUAUCAACGUCGACGAUAAUUCCAAAAUCAAAUACGAUGUUGAAAACUCUUAACGAAAUAAACAUAAAUAAGAUACGAAAA